UGAAGCUUAAUGUUGAGUUAUAUAAUUUUUCGAACAGUUUUGCACUUAAAAUUUUAGUCUUAACGUAAUUUUAGAUUUGUAGAUAGUUGAAAUGUUUAAGAGUAAUAAACUACAAACCUUUAUUUUUUCAACAAAUUCUUGACCAUUAUGAGCUAGAAUAUAGUUUGUUACAAGCAGUAACAUUCGUGCUUAAAUUUAAAAUAAAUACAGUUUUACAUCGUAAGAAUCCAUCUGAAUGUGUUUAAGACAUCGAAAACUCCUAGUGUAUUAGAUAUUUAUAUUUUUAAAUUUAAUUGUUUCAAUUAUUUUUAUUUAUUUUUUUUUUUCAUACAAAUUAUAUCGUUACUAUAGUAAUCAGUGUGAAGUUUAACGAUUUAUUAUUUAUUACCAAAAUAUAAAUAGUUUUAAUUUAAAUAUCGUUUGAUAAGUUUUUUAAUAUCUCUACGUAUAUAAGUUAUAAAGGAAAUAAUUUUUAUCAAAUUCAUCAACCAUAAGUGUAAAAAACUAUAAAGAAAAAGAAAGUCAAUAUGGAUGACUGAAUAAUAAAAAAUACAUGAAAAAUCUUACAUUAAAUAGAAGAAAUAUAAAUUGAACAAAAUGUCAAGAAAAGGUGUGUUUAGGCAAAUAUUGGCCACUUUAAUUGCCACGACGUCGAUAUUGAUCAGCGGCAUGUGGUUAGGAUGGCCCAGCUCGGUGGUGGAGAAGUUUAUCAAUCACGAAACGGACGUGGAGGUGAACAUGAACGAGCUGUCAUGGAUCGUGUCCAUGAUGGACCUAGGCAACGUGAUCAGCCCACUGAUAGCCGGUUACCUGAUGGACCGAGUGGGCAGGAAGCCGAGCACGGUGAUGCUCGGUCCUCUGUUCCUGGCCACGUGGCUGCUAACGCUGUACGUGCCGACCACGUGGUCGCUGUACACGGCCCGGCUGAUGGCGGGUAUGGGCAAGGGCAUAUCGUACACGGUAGUGCCGGUGUUCCUAGGCGAGAUAGCUGGCGUGAACAUCCGCGGGGCACUGGGCAGUGUGUUCUGCGUGCAGCUGCACUUGGGCUUCCUGAUCGAGGCGGUGGUCGGGCCGCUCAUCUCGUACCGCGCGCUCAACGCCAUGUCGGCCGUGGUGCCGGUUGCGUUCCUGGUGGCCGCGGUGUGGCUGUCCGAGUCACCGUACUACAUGUUGAAGCGCGGACGGUCGGCGGACGCGGCCCAGUGCCUGCAGUGGUACCGGUGCGACGCGGACGCGGACGUGGACGCAGAGCUGCGACGCAUGGAUGCAGACGUACGCCACGAGAUGGAAAACCCUGGGUCGUUCCGCGAGCUGUUCACCAGCCGCAAGGACAUGCGCGCGCUCGGCAUCGUGGUGAUGGCGUGCGUGUCGCAGCGCGCCGGCGGCAUCAGCUGCAUACUCGCGUACUCCGCAAUCAUACUUCCCGAGCCCGCGCCACUAAUGGGCCGCUCUGGCUACGUCACGCUCUUCGGCGUGGCCCUUGUGGUCAUCAACUUGGCGGCCGCCACACUGGUGGAUCGAUGCGGCCGCAGGCCACUGCUGUUCGGCUCUGAGGCAGCUAUGGCCGCAAUCACGGCCGCGUUCGCGUUCUACUACUGGCUGGCGGCACGCGGCGUCGACGUGUCCGGGCUCGCGUGGAUGCCAUACCUAUGCCACGCGUCGUUCGCGGUCGCUUUCGCCGCUGGCGUCGGUUUCGUGCCCGUCGUCUACCUGGGCGAGAUGUUCCCCGUCAACAUACGUUCGCACUGUUCCGCAGUCGCGUCCAUUACGCUUGCCUUCUGCUCGUUCGCCACCAACAAAAUGUUCCUAAUCGUGUCCCACCGGUACGGGACCCACGCCAUGUUCUGCCUGUUUACCGUGGUCAACGCGGCCGGCGCUGCGUAUACUUACCGGUACGCGAUCGAGACCAAGGGCAAAACGUUCGCCGACAUCCAGCGGCUGCUGCGCGACGGCGACGACGGGGUCAAAGACGGCGGUCAACACCGUGCCUAGAGUGUCAAAGACCCAGUUGCAAACAAAUGUACAUGGGUCCUUCUUUCUUGAGAUAUAUAAAAAAGUCGGACUGUCUUCACAUUAUGGGAAUGUUUGACU